UGGCGUCCCGGUCCCGCCCCGCCCCCCCGGAGCCCGCGCGCAGGCGCAGGCGCAGGCGCAGAGCAGAGCAGCGCGGCCGGCGGGCCCGGCAGGUGCGGUGGCCCCUCGGCGCGGCCCGAGCCGUGACGGCCGCUGCUGCCCGGAGCUGCCAUGGAGCGGAGGCUCCGCUGGGGCCUAGCCAGGGCCUGCUGCUCCCUGCUGGCCGCCUUCUGCGCCCUGCGCUGGGCCGACGCCAGCAGCGGCCGGAGUUGGCUAAAAGCAUACGGCUAUUUGCUUUCCUCUGAAAGCCGAAUGUCUGCCCUGCACUCAGGAAAAGCUAUGCAGUCUGCCGUUGCCACUAUGCAACAAUUUUAUGGGAUCCCAGUAACAGGAGUGUUGGAUCAGACAACUAUUGAAUGGAUGAAGAAGCCUCGAUGUGGGGUUCCUGAUCAUCCCCAUAUAAGCCAUAGCCGAAGGAAUAAGCGAUAUGCGUUAACUGGACAAAAAUGGAGGCAGAAGCAUAUAACAUACAGUGUACACAACCACACCCCCAAGGUUGGAGAGCUUGAUACAAGGAGAGCCAUUCGUCAGGCAUUUGAUGUUUGGCAGAGAGUGACGCCACUAACCUUUGAAGAGGUCCCUUAUCAUGAAGUUAAAAGUGACAGGAAGGAAGCAGAUAUUAUGAUAUUUUUUGCUUCUGGUUUCCAUGGAGACAGUUCUCCAUUUGAUGGAGAAGGUGGAUUCCUAGCCCAUGCUUACUUUCCUGGACCAGGAAUAGGAGGAGAUACUCACUUCGAUUCAGAUGAGCCAUGGACUUUGGGAAAUUCUAAUCAUGAUGGGAAUGAUCUCUUUCUGGUUGCUGUCCAUGAGCUGGGUCAUGCCCUGGGCCUGGAACAUUCCAAUGACCCCAGUGCUAUCAUGGCUCCUUUCUACCAGUACAUGGAAACACACAACUUUAAACUCCCACAGGAUGAUCUCCAAGGAAUUCAGAAAAUCUAUGGUCCACCUGCUGAGCCACUGGAGCCCACCAGACCUUUACCGACUCUUCCUGUGCGCAGGAUUCAUUCUCCUUCGGAAAGGAAACAUGAACGACAGCCAAGACCCCCCAGACCACCUUUAGUUGAUAGGCCAUCAACUCCAGGCAUGAAACCCAACAUCUGUGAUGGCAACUUUAACACUGUGGCUCUGUUUAGAGGAGAAAUGUUUGUUUUCAAGGAUCGCUGGUUUUGGCGUCUGCGCAACAACCGAGUUCAGGAGGGGUAUCCCAUGCAGAUUGAACAGUUCUGGAAAGGCCUCCCUGCAAAGAUUGAUGCUGCCUAUGAGAGAUCUGAUGGGAAAUUCGUUUUCUUUAAAGGAGAUAAAUACUGGGUUUUUAAGGAAGUGACAGCAGAGCCAGGAUACCCACACGGCCUGGUGGAGCUGGGAAGCUGUCUCCCCCGGGAAGGCAUCGACACAGCUUUGCGAUGGGAGCCAGUAGGCAAAACCUAUUUCUUCAAAGGAGACAAGUACUGGCGCUAUAACGAGGACAAGAGAGCGACUGACCCAGGAUACCCAAAGCCCAUCACUGUGUGGAGGGGAAUCCCACAGGCCCCACAAGGAGCUUUUAUCAGCAAAGAAGGCUUUUAUACCUACUUCUAUAAAGGGAAGGAGUACUGGAAGUUCGAUAACCAGAGGCUGAGUGUGGAGCCAGGCUACCCAAGGUCAAUCCUCAAAGACUGGAUGGGCUGCAACCAAAAGGAAGUUGAACAAAGCAAAGAGAGACGCUUCCCCCACGAUGAUGUGGAUAUUAUGGUGACAAUCAAUGAUGUGCCUAGCACUGUAAAUGCAAUUGCAGUAGUGAUCCCUUGCAUCUUAUCUCUGUGUAUCCUUGUCUUGGUAUAUACCAUCUUCCAGUUUAAAAACAAAGAAGUGCAGCAAAACGUUACCUAUUACAAACGACCUGUCCAGGAAUGGGUAUGACACGUUCACCUGCACAUUUCAGCUCAGAGCUGCUCAAAUGAGUUCCGAAAUCCACCAAACAAAACUGUUCAAGUGACUUAUGAAUCAUGGGAGUUCUGGGACUGAAAGAAGCAGGAAUUACAGAGGUGGCCUUGCAGCGUGGAGCCUCUUUCCUUCUUACUGCCUCAGUCAUGUGUCUGUCUUGCUGUGCCAUUCUCCACAGGCCCCUUGUGCGUGUCAGAGACUGCAAGAGGAAUUUUCUUGAAAUGUUUUUCAGCUGACUUGGGAAACCUUCUUCAGUGCCCUGCCCCAGUGGUCUCUGUUAAACCCAGCAUUCUCCAGUGUAGCUAACCACCUCUAAAUGGACCAGGUUUUUUACAGUUGUCUCAUAUAUGAAUUAAGAUAAUUAAAUCUAUGAAACGGGAGCAAUUCAGUAUCUUAAGGAGAAGACAUGAUGAUACUGAAUCAUUCUAAAAGAUCUUCUUAGUUUAUUACAAGAACCAGGGAAUUACCUGGAUGCAGUUUUCCAAUACCUGCUGGUCAGAUGUUUUGUACAUUCAUAAUAAUUGAUGCUGUCACUUAGCACAGUGCACAAGGAGGAGGUAAUUCUGUGUAGGCCAGGAGUUCAAGGAACUCUUAACCAGAUAUAGUAACAGCAACUCCUCAGCUGAGUUAGUCCACAAGACAAAGACCAAAACACUCCCUACUGUUAACACUAAAUGCUUUUGUUUUAGGAACCUCUCAUGUAAUGAAUAUUUAAAUGUCAUAUUACCACUAUUUGAAAUUCCCAUCAGUCACAAACAUUAAAUUGUUACCAAAACAACGAACAAUUUA